UGCGGGGCCUCGCUUAGCGUGGAGCGGGCGAGAAGCAGGGCCCAGUCCGCGCUGAGGGCAGGCCGGCGGGCGGGCGCUGGAUUCUUCGGAUUGCGGACAUCGCGGGCAAAUAAAACACGCGGGCGGGAGGUUGGGCCGACCCGGCAGCGUUCCUGCUGCUGGGGGCGCGGGGAGGGCAAGGAGUGGAGCGGCUGCGGUGCCCCGCGCAGAUGGAGCUCAGCAGCGGGAGCCGGGAUGGGCCCGCCGGUACGCUGGUGGCGGCUGUGCUGCCGGCGGGCGGGAGCGGGGAGCGCCUGGGCGGCGCUACUCCCAAGCAGUUCUGCGCUGUGCAAGGCAGGCCGCUCGUCAGCUACACUGUGCGGGCGAUGGAGAGGGUAAGUUGGAUAUCUGACAUAAUUGUGGUGGUCUCUCCUGAAAAUGUUGGAACAAUGAAGUCUAUCAUUGAGAAAUAUGGCCACCAGCGAGUUACGGUAGUAAAAGGUGGAAUAACUCGUCAUCGCUCCAUUUUCAACGGACUGAAAGUAUUUGCAGAGAGUGAACUUCCCAACCAUUUACUCCAGAAACCAGAAGUAGUGAUUAUCCAUGAUGCUGUGAGGCCAUUUGUUGAAGAAGAUAUUCUUUCAAAAGUGGUCAUGGCUGCUAAAGAAUAUGGGGCAGCAGGAGCAAUUCGUCCUCUAGUUUCUACUGUUAUUGCCUCUGCUGCAGAUGGUUGCUUAGACCACUCACUGGAACGUGCCAGGUACAGAGCGAGCGAAAUGCCUCAGGCUUUCUCGUUUGAUAUAAUCUAUAAAGCAUACCAACAGUGCACAGACUACGACUUGGACUAUGGAACGGAAUGUUUGCAUCUGGCUCUGAAAUACUGUGAAACAAAUGCCAAACUUGUUGAAGGACCAGCUGACCUCUGGAAGGUGACCUACAAGCGGGAUUUGUAUGCAGCUGAAUCGAUCAUUAAGGACAACCUAUCACAAGAAGUUUGUGUUAUUAGCAAUGUGAAGGAAACUGUUGCACAAGUAGGUCUUCUCCUUCACAAAUCUCUGCAAAGCCAAAUAAAAGUUGAAGCCAUAUCAGUAUCUCUAAGCAAAAUUGAUAGCCACCUACAAAGCAUCUUUUCAGGACAGUGCUAUAAUUUUGUUUGUGUAAAUGAUAAAAACCAUGCCAUUGAAGAAACCCAGCAACUAGUGGAUAUGUUGGAAAAGGGAAAUAUUCCUCUCUUAUAUCCAGUUGUCCUUAUUGUGGUACACUUGGAUAUUUCAGAAGAAGUUUCUUCCAACAUUGGCAUGGAAGAACUAACUAGGAUCAAGAAAUUUGCAAGGGAAGUGAAAAAGAAGAAUAUUUUGGUUUAUGGUCUCCUUAUGCAAUAUAAGGACCAUUUGCUGCUUCAGGAGACAGUAAAUUCCGCUGCUGCUCUUAUCAUGGCAUUAAUAAAGGACAGAAAUCCGGCACUGAUAGGCCAGCUGUUGGUAGCAUAAGACCAUAAAUCAUGUGUAGCCUUUGGAAAUGUUUCUUUUUCAUCAUCCUAUUCACCAAAGGUCUCGAGUCACUUUACCCUUUGAUGAAAACUUUAGAUUUAUGACAUUCACUAUGAAGAUCUUUUCACAACAUAUUUUUGAUACUUAAAAUGCAAGUCCAAUACUAUGUAGACAGUGUAAAAUGAAAUACAAAUAAUUCUGAGAUACACUGGGUACACACUGCAAGGAAUGAUGCUGGAACUUUUUUGUGAGGUACUGAUCAUUUGAAGAGGUACAGAGGGGACACCAAAGCAUUGUCCCUGCUCACUGCAGGCUAGUUAGACUAGAUGACUUUUAAAGUCCCUUCAAGCCAGAAAGUUUAUCUUUCAUGCAGAAUUGUGUUUAAGUCAUGUAAAUGUGUUGUACCUUAGGACUUCAUGAAUUAAAUGUUAAGAUUAAAUAAUCCUAAACCACAUUUCAUCUUUAUAUGAAAUUAUUUUAAAGUUGCUAUACCUGGUAGUAAAUACAGAGUUC